GUCAGUAUUACUUGCGUUGGUGCGGCUUAAAAAUUUCAAUUACGCACAGCGGAUUGAUCGAUCACAAUCAUGUUUGACGACAAUGACGACGAAGAUCAAAUAGGAGAUUAUUGUGAAGGCAGCCUAUUGGCUACAGCUGGCGCGCAACUUGAAUUUGUUAUUGUUUUGCUGCAGACAUGGCAGAGGCGACUGGACGAGAUUUUCUCUCGCAAUAUAGGAACGUUUCUGGAAAACUGAAGAAGAGAUUUUUGCGGAAACCAAACGUUGCAGAAGCUUCGGAGCAAUACGCUGCUCUCGCUACCCAGUUGGAAAACGACAAACAGCUGGACUAUGCGGGCUUUUGCUGCUUGUCGGUGGCCAAAUGCGAGCAGAGCUUGGCCCACUUACCUGGCGAAACUGCAGCCCUGGUUAGAGCCUCCAGACUCUUUCUACAGGCAGAAAAAAGUAUUCAUCGACUUGGAUGCCCUAGUUUUGAAGAAAACCUACAAGCUGCAAUCGGGUGCUAUGGGAAAGCAGCGUCACUCAUGAUCGAGCAGCGGCAGCCCAGUCUGGCUGCUGGCCUAUGCCUUGAGCUCGGAGAUGCCCUUUGCCUGCUAGACCACACUUUGGAAGCCACAACGCAAUACCAAAAGGCUGCUGAGCUCCAAGCAGGCAGCCCUGCUGAUCAAGCGCACGCCUUGGGCCUGCAAGCAACAUGCAAAAUUAAAUUAGGCGACUUUGAUGGUGCACUACAGAUCUUCAACGACAUGGCAGUUUUGGCUGAGACCGGGGGCUCGUAUGGUGUUUUAUGCGAUAUUAGGCAUAGGUGCGAGGUAACGCGGGUGCUUCUUUUGAUGAUCCUUCAACCAACGCCCCAGAAACUGACGCCCGAGCUUGGCAGCUUGCUCGAAAAAUAUGCGUGGGCUGAAAACAACCCGCAAACAGGAGUUUUGUCAGAGGACCUCUUCCUGCUACUGCAGUCGGUCGUGAUGGCCUGUCAAACAAAAGAUGUCCAGGCGUUGUACAGUUUAGAGGCAGAUCUGCAAGAACACCUUUCUGCAGAGCAGAUGGAUCUCAUGCACAUUUUGAUCAAAGUCAUGGAGCAUAAAUGAAUAUUUUUUCCUCAUUCCAGAAUUUUCUUCUGUGGUCUGUUGAAAUUAAUAAUAAUAAACAUAUACGUAGCUGUUCAAUGUUAACUACACUAUCUCAAUAAAUGAUACUUCC